CCGGCCCGGCCAUGGCCGCGGCCCCCGAGCCGGCGGAGGCCGAGCCGUGCCCGGAGGCGCCCGUGCACCGGCUGAGCGUGGCGGAGCUCGAACGUGAGCUGGACUCUCGCAGCGAGCUGAUUGAUGACAAAGAAUUCGACAUUCCUCAAGUUGAUACCCCUCCAACGCUGGAGAGCAUCCUGAAUGAGACUGAUGAUGAAGAAGAGUCUUUCAUUUUGGAGGAUCCCUUUCUCUUGAACAUUGAUAACACAGAUACACACUCCUAUGACACCUCUUCUGUGGCCAGCUCUGACAGUGGGGACAGGACACACCUGAAAAGGAAGAAAAAACUCCCAGAUUCUCUCUCACUCCAUGGAUCAGUGAUACGGCUCUCACUCCUGAAAGGAAUUUCUGCCCAAAUAGUGUCUGCAGCAGACAAAGUGGAUGCUGGCUUGCCCACUGCUAUUGCAGCAUCAAAUCUGAUAGCAGUGGGGACUUCCCAUGGGUUAGCAUUGAUAUUUGGCAAAGAUCAGAACCAGGCUCUGCGGCUGUGUUUGGGCAGCACUGCGGUUGGGGCCCAGUACGGAGCCAUCUCUGCUCUCAGUAUCAACAAUGACUGUUCCAGGCUGCUCUGUGGCUUUGCAAAAGGACAGAUCACCAUGUGGGAUCUGGCCAGUGGGAAGCUGCUGAGAUCAAUAACAGAUGCCCACCCUCCAGGAACAGCCAUUUUGCACAUCAAGUUUACAGAUGAUCCGACACUUGCAAUUUGCAAUGACAGCGGAGGCUCCGUGUUUGAACUGUCAUUUAAGAGGGUUAUGGGAGUGAGGACGUGCGAGUCUCGGUGUCUCUUCAGUGGCUCCAAGGGGGAAGUUUGCUGUAUUGAGCCAUUACAUGCAAAGGUUGAUUUAAGAGACCAUCCUCUCACCCAGUAUUCACUGCUGGCCAUGGCCUCCCUCACUAAGAUCCUGGUUAUUGGCCUGAAGCCAUCUCUGAAAGUGUGGAUGACCUUUCCCUACGGCCGUAUGGACCCUUCGAGUGUCCCCCUGCUGGCGUGGCACUUUGUGGCUGUGCAGAAUGCAGUGAACCCCAUGCUUGCCUUCUGUCGAGGAGAUGUCGUCUACUUCCUUCUGGUCAAGAGGGAUGAUAGUGGUGCAAUCCAUGUGACAAAGCAGAGGCAGCUUCAUCUGCACUAUGAUCUCAUCAAUUUUACUUGGAUCAACUCACGGACAGCAGUGCUGCUGGACAGCGUGGAGAAGCUGCAUGUCAUAGACCGUCAGACUCAGGAGGAGCUGGAGACCAUUGAGAUCUCAGAGGUUCAGCUGGUCUACAACAGCAGCCACUUCAAGUCUCUGGCCACAGGGGGCAAUGUCAGCGAGGCCUUGGCACUGGUUGGAGAGAAAGCUUGUUACCAGUCCAUCAGCAGCUGUGGUGGUCAGGUCUUUUACCUUGGAACUAAGUCUGUUCAUGUCAUGACGCUGAGAAGCUGGAGAGAGAGAGUUGACCACCUUCUGAAACAAGAACGUCUCACAGAUGCCCUGGCUCUUGCUUGGUCCUUUUAUGAAGGUAAAGCAAAGGCUGUUGUAGGCUUGACUGGGGACACAAGCAAGAGGAAGGCAGUCAUUGCUGAUAGAAUGGUUGAAAUCCUUCUCCAUUACACUGAUCGAACUCUGAAGAAAUGUCCUGACCAAGGAAAAAUCCAGGUGAUGGAGCAACACUUUCAGGAUGUGGUGCCUGUCAUCGUGGAUUACUGUCUCUUGCUGCAGCGCAUGGAUCUAUUAUUUAACCAGAUAUAUGACAAGAUGAGUGAGAACUCUGUAGCCAAAGGCAUCUUUCUGGAGUGCUUGGAGCCAUAUAUCUUGAGUGAUAAGCUGAUGGGAAUCACAGCUCAAGUGAUGAAAGACUUGCUGCUUCACUUCCAAGACAAGAACAGGUUGGAAAACUUGGAAGCCUGCAUUGUGCAUAUGGAUAUCACCAGUUUAGACAUACAGCAGGUGGUUCUCCUGUGCUGGGAAAACCGCCUGUACGAUGCCAUGAUCUACGUCUACAACAGCGGCAUGAACGACUUCAUCAGUCCCAUGGAGAAGCUGUUCAAAGUCAUUGCUCCUCCACUGAGUGCUGGAAAGUCUCUCACAGAUGAGCAGGUGGUGAUGGGCAACAAGCUACUUGUGUAUAUAAGCUGCUGCUUGGCAGGCCGUGCAUAUCCAUUGGGUGAUAUUCCUGAAGAUCUGGUACCUUUGGUGAAAAAUCAGGUGUUUGAGUUCCUGAUCCGACUGCACUCAGCUGAGGGAUCUGUGGAUGAGGAGGUGUAUCCCUAUGUCCGCACCCUGCUGCACUUUGACACGCGGGAAUUCCUCAACGUGCUGGCUCUGACUUUCGAAGACUUUAAGAAUGAUAAGCAAGCUGUGGAGUAUCAACAGAGAAUUGUGGACAUUCUUCUGAAAGUCAUGGUGGAGAAUUCUGACUUCACCCCAUCACAGGUUGGCUGUCUCUUUACCUUCCUUGCCCGGCAGCUUGCCAAGCCCAACAACACCUUGUUUGUCAACAGGACACUGUUUGAUCAGGUGCUGGAGUUCCUGUGCAGCCCAGAUGAUGACUCCCGGCAUUCCGAGAGGCAGCAGGUCCUUUUAGAGCUGCUCCAAGCAGGAGGGAUUGUGCAGUUUGAAGAGAGCCGCCUUAUCCAAAUGGCGGAGAAAGCUGAGUUCUAUCAAAUUUGUGAGUUCAUGUAUGAACGGCAGCUUCGCUAUGACAAAAUCAUCGGCUGUUACCUGCGGGAUCCCCUGAGGAAGGAGGAAGUUUUCAACUACAUCCACAACAUCCUAUCCAUGCCUGGCUACAGUGCUGAGGAGAAGCAGCUGGUGUGGCAGAAAGCUUUGGACCAUAUAGAGGAGCUGCUGGUGCUGAGCCCAGGUAAAGCAGCUGAGCUGGCAGCCAUUCACUUCAGUGAGCAGAUCGAGAGCAUCAUCUCAAACCUGCAGGACCAGUUCUUGCUCUUCCAGUUCCUGAGGAGUCUCCUUGAUCCGAGAGAAGGCAUUAAUCAAGACCUGCUGCACCUCCCACCCUGUAUCACUGAGCAGUUCAUUGAGCUGCUCUGUCAGUACAGUCCAGACCAGGUUUUGGAGACACUCAAAGUUCUGGAAAACUGCAGACUGGAGGAAACCAUCCAGAUAACCCAAAAGCAUCAGCUCCAUGAGGCUUCUUCAUAUUUACUAGAGAAGAAGGGAGAUAUCCAUGGUGCCUUUUUGGUUAUGCUUGAGCGAUUGCAGAGCAAGUUGCUGAUGCUUACUCAAGAUAAUGGAAGCUCAGCUGAACCCUCCUUGCUAGAAAAUAUUGAAGAUACUUUGAUGAAAACAAUUGAUCUUUGCCAGAGGAAUUCACAUAGUUUAGACCAGCAACAGCGAGAGGCCCUCUGGUUUCCCCUGCUUGAGGCCAUGAUGUCCCCACAGAAAUCCUCUGGUUCAUCACAAUGUCCAUAUUCUGAGUCUUUGAAGAGUUUGACAAUGCAAGUGCUGAACAACAUGGCUGCAUUUAUUGCUCUUCCCUCAAUCCUGCAGAGGAUUCUCCAGGAUCCAGUUUAUGGAAAAGGGAAACUUGGAGAAAUUCAAGGGCUUGUCCUGGGAAUGCUGGACACUUUUAACUAUGAACAAACCCUUCUGGAGACAACCACGAGCCUUUUAAACCACGAUCUCCACUGGUCCCUGUGUAACCUGAGAGCCUCUGUCACCAGAGGCCUUACCCCAAAGCAGGAUUACUGCUGCAUCUGUCUCCAGCAGUACAAAAGGAGGCAAGAAACUGCUGAUGAAAUCAUUGUUUUCAGCUGUGGCCACUUGUACCACUCACUGUGCCUGCUGAGUAAGGAGUGUGGGGUGGUCACCAAGGGCCUCAUGAGGUGGAUGUGCUACAAAUGCAACUCGAGCAACAAGGGAGGGAAGCUGAGUGAGAACUUCUCAGAGCUGAAAAAAGGGACUGCAGCAUCCUUGGCACAGAUGAGUUCAGAGUCUGUGUUGGAUCCUCAGCAAAUCCAAGCUUUUGACCAGCUCUGCCGACUCAAUCGAGGCACGUCCCGACUGGCUCUCCUGACGGAGCUGGCGCGUGGGGGCCACGGCGGCGGUGACAAGCACGGGCUGCUCAGUGUUUCCCAGGGGGACCCGGCCACCAGCAGCGUCUUCCAGAACGAGAACUUCCAGCUGCACCUGACGCCCCCUCCGCUGGCUGAAGAGUAGCACUCCUGCCCUGGCUGGGCCACAGCUGCUCCCAGGAUGUGGUGCUGGGAAGCCUUCCCACCACAACACAGGAUUUUCCCCCACAGCACCUUUCCCAGACCCCUUCUGUGCUCACCCUCACUGGGUGCUGGUGGGUUGUAGCUCCAGCUCUGCUUUAGCAGUCGUGGUGCAGCUGGACUGGAAGCUGGAACUCUGGGACAGACCCCAGCACACAGAGGCACAGGGAGGGCUGCCUGUGCUGAUUCAGGGGUGCAUGGCAGCAGCAGGAACUUUUCCAAGCAAGUAACCAAAUCAACUCUGCCCCGUUGGAGGAGCCUGUCCUGUGCCCAGAGGCCCUGUGUCCCCAUGCUGUGCUGGUUCUGUGGCUGGGGGCCACACCUGAGUUCUGUGUUCUGCUAAAGGCAGCUGUUUUGGCAAGGCCUGGCCCUGCUGUCUCCUGGCAGUAGCUAUGGGGCCUGAGGGCACAGAAUGGGCAAAUGUGGAGAAGGCUUAAGAAUGCAGGACAUGACACCUGUGUGAGCAAACUGACCUGCACCUGCUGUGUUCUACCAACACAUUAAAGAGGCUCUUGGUUGAA